GGAAGGCUAAUAUUUACACCGUUAAAUAACAUCCUAUAUAAUCUUGAUUCUAACAAUUUAGCGGAGCAUGGGCUUCAUCCUAGAUACCUUCAUAUUUUCAAUUUUGUUCUUCUUUUUGGACCACUUGUGUUACUGGCAAUGAAGGAUCUUAAUGUCAGUUUUAACUAUAUGAGAUUUACAGCUAAGAAAAGGUACAAGACUGUUUCUGUUAUAGUAGUUCCUUCAGACAGAUUACAAAAAUUACCAAAAUUAUUUUGG